CCACACUGCUCACACAAGCUCACUGUAGCCCAAAGGAUCUCUCUCAAGUGCUUCAGGGUCGUCCUGGCAACCAGCUGCUCAGCCAAUCAGCACUUGGUACUACGAUCCGCCCUCAACAUCUGGAGCCAUGGCGGCGAGGAGAGCCCUGAUUGUACUGGCCCAUUCGGAGAGAACAUCAUUCAACUAUGCCAUGAAGGAGGCUGCUCUAGAGGCUCUGAAGAGCAAAGGAUGGGAGGUAGUCGUUUCUGACCUCUAUGCUAUGAACUUUAACCCCAUCAUUUCCAGAAAUGACAUCACAGGUAAGCUGAAGGACUCGGAGAACUUUCAGUAUCCUACUGAGUCAUCGCUAGCAUAUAAGGAAGGCCGCCUGAGUCCAGACAUUGUGGCUGAACAGAAAAAACUGGAAGCCGCAGACCUGGUGAUAUUUCAGUUCCCACUGCAUUGGUUUGGGGUGCCUGCCAUUUUGAAGGGCUGGUUUGACAGAGUGCUCGUAGCAGGAUUUGCCUACACUUACGCCACCAUGUAUGACAAGGGUCCUUUCCAGAACAAGAAGGCCUUGCUUUCCAUCACCACUGGGGGCAGCGGCUCCAUGUACUCUCUUCAGGGCGUCCACGGGGACAUGAACGUCAUUCUCUGGCCAAUUCAGAGUGGCGUCCUGCGUUUCUGUGGCUUCCAGGUCUUAGAACCUCAACUGGUCUACAGCAUCGGCCACACUCCGCCAGAGGCCCGCACGCAGAUCCUACGUGGAUGGAAGAAACGCCUGGAGACUGUCUGGGAGGAGCCUGCGCUCUAUUUUGCUCCAAGCAGCCUGUUUGAUCUCGACUUCCAAGCAGGAUUCUUACUGAAAAAAGAAGCACAAGAGGAGCAGAAAAACAACAAGUUUGGCCUUUCCGUGGGCCACCACCUGGGCAAGGCCAUUCCGGCCGACAACCAGAUCAAAGCUAGAAAAUAAGAUUUUUUUUUUUUCCUAACAAGUAGUUAGACCCAGGUUUCUUUUCUCCCAGCUUGCCUGACUUGCUUUCAUUUUUUUCCCUUUGCUCCACAAGGAUAGGAACAGGAGUAGCUCGCUUCAUGCAUUUUUGGAUAGUUCUGCCAUGGCUGUGACAGCAAACGGAACCGAAGUCAGCUUAGGGAGCCUCAGGUAGCCUGGGAUAUGAAUCAGGGAGAAGUGUAGAAGUGAGCUGGAAAAUACUCUUCUAGGUCGUUUGUGCAGUAUACACCCUUUUCUUAGGGCUAGCCCUGGCUACAUGGCAUCUAAUCCUCCAUCGGUUUGUUGCCUUUAAUUAACUCUCUGUGGUUUAGGGCAGAAGGGAAUUGUUCAAAGAAAACAAUGGCCGAGGGACUAACUUGUUUAGCAGUUAGCAGUUAGCUAAAGCCUGUUUAUGAUACAUCCUGGUUUCAAUUACUGUGCAGUGGCUGACGCCGCCCGUGGGAUUACUCUCACUCCACUCUGUCUUGUACACAGCACACCUAGGACCUGGGAAAUAUUAAAACAGAUCUCCGUUUCAUUCUUUUUAUUCUUUUUUUUUAAAAUUGAAAUAAAUGGAUAUAUCACAUACCAGAUGGUGGUGCCUGCCUUUAAGCCCUUCAAUACUUAAAAACAAUAGACCCCUACUCACCCGGAGAGAUGGCUCAGUAACUAAGCGCACUUGUUCUUGCAGAAAACCUCCAGAAAG